UCGCGCAGCGCACUCACUCCCUUCACUCCCGGGCCGGAAAGGAGUGUCUAUGCACCUGGCGCUCUCCUGCUCAUCAUCUCUCUGUGAGAACCGGACAUUUGCGCCCUGUUGCUUUGACACUGGACCUCACGUGCAGUCUCUUGUGGAAUCAUAUCCUUUGUUUUGUGUUCUCCUCCACUAAGUUUCUGCACUGUUGGGAUGACCGCGCGCGUGCUUGUGUUCCGGAGUGCUCAGUGAAGGCGCGCCUCAUCGCUCGCGCACCAGCAAAUGGACUAGUCGUUUUUCCCUGUUUUUUUUUUUUUUUUAAUCACUUUCAUCCACCAUGGCUUUACUGCAGUUCUCCUUUGCAGUGUGUGUGCUAUCAGUGUGUGCUGUGGAGCUGGAUCCUGCUCUGCGGGUGGACAUCCUGAAGGAGCUGAAUGUAGGAGAAUCUCUCACAGGAGUUUCCCCAGUGCAGGGUUUCCACAAUGACACCACUGCAUUUCUGUUUAAAGGGACGAGGAGGAGUGUGCGAGCCUCAGCAGGAGUUGCAGAGCGAAUUCUGCAGAAGCUCAGAGGCAGAGUGGAGAUCACCCUACUGCUUACACUCAGACAAGAUAAAUUCAACUCGGGUGUGUUGCUGUCCAUCCAUCAUGGAGAACAAAGGUACCUCGAGCUGGAGAGCAACGGGCAGCGCAGUGAAAUCCGGCUGCACUACUGGUUAGCAGAACAGCAGAACCGCACAGAGAUUUUCCCCUACAACCUCGCAGAUGCUCGCUGGCAUAAAGUGGCCCUGACACUCAGCACUACUCAGCUGGUGCUUUAUGUGGACUGCAGCAGAAUUUAUGAGAGGAUUGUGGAGACACCAUCUAUGGACAUUCCUGCAGGUACAACUGUGUGGCUUGGGCAAAGAAAUAACGUUCAUGGAUUCUUUAAGGGUGUGAUGCAGGAGGUUCAGUUGGUGUUCAUGCCUCAAGGAUACAUCUCACAGUGUCCUGAUCUGAACCGCACUUGUCCAACCUGCAAUGAUUUCCAUGGUCUGGUACAGAAAAUCAUGGAGCUACAGGACAUUUUGGCCAAAACAUCUGGAAAGCUCGCUCAUGCAGAAGAAAGAAUGAAGACUCUGGAUGGCUGUUACUGUGAGAGGACCUGCUCGCUUAACGGAGAGAUCUACAGAGACGAGGAUGUCUGGAUAGAUGGAUGCAAGAACUGCACGUGUUUGAAUGGCAGUGUUGAGUGUGAGAGCAUCUUCUGUCCUGCACCUCAGUGUCCUCCGGAUACCGCACCAGCCUACAUUCCUGGAGCGUGCUGUAAAGAGUGUCAGCCUGUGUGUGUUUUCAGAGGGAGGGUGUAUGUGGAAGGGGAACGGAAGAGCGUGCGUGACUCUACAGGAAACUGUCUGCUUUAUGAGUGCAGGGACCGUAAGAUGCGAAGAAUUGAAAACAUUGCUUGUCCAGAGCUCAACUGCCCUGAAUCAGAGCAGAUAACCCUCACAGACCGCUGCUGUAAAGUGUGUCAAGGACAUGAUUUCUGUGCCGAUGGCUACAGCAGCAUCUGUGUGGAGAACUCGGAGUGUGUGAAUCUGGAGGCAGGAGCCUGCUGCAGCUGCCGAGACGGCUACCGGGCAGCGAGGGAUGACAGCGCAUACUGCCAAGAUAUUGAUGAGUGUGCAGAGGGGAAACAUUACUGCAGGGAAAACACUGUGUGUGUGAACACGCCAGGAUCAUUCAUGUGUGUGUGUAACGAAGGCUACAUCCGGAUUGAUGACUACUCCUGCACUGAGCAUAAUGAGUGUAUAAGUGGACUACACAGCUGCGAUGAGAACGCACUCUGCUUUAAUACAGUGGGAGGACACAGCUGCACCUGCAAACCAGGGUACCUGGGUAAUGGCACCGUCUGCAGAGCACAGUGUGAUGAAUUGUGCCAUAAUGGAGGCUCCUGCGUGGCUCCAGACACAUGCAUCUGCCAACAAGGCUUUACUGGGAAGAGAUGCGAAACAGACAUUGAUGAGUGUUUGAAUGGCUUUGUGGAGUGUGACAGUCGAGCCACAUGUGUGAACCUUCCAGGCUGGUAUCACUGCGAAUGCCGUGAUGGCUACCAUGAUAAUGGAAUGUUUUUAUCAAAUGGGGAGUCUUGUGAAGAUAUUGAUGAGUGUGAGACAGGGAGGCACAGCUGUGCUAAUGACACAGUGUGUUUUAACAUGGACGGAGGCUAUGACUGCAGAUGUCCUCAUGGGAAAAACUGCACAGGUGACUGUUUUCAUGAUGGAAAGGUGAAGCACAACAGGCAGAUUUGGGUGCUGGAUGAGGAUAGGUGCGCCGUAUGCUCCUGCCAGUCAGGCUUGGUGAUGUGUAGGCGGAUGGUUUGUGACUGCGAGAACCCGACAGUGGAUGUCUCCUGCUGUCCAGAGUGUGACCCACGUCUCAGCUCUCAGUGUCUGCUCUACAGUGGCCUUCUGACGUACAACAGCGGUGACACUUGGGUGGAGAAGUGCCAGCAGUGCCAAUGCAUACAUGGCGAGGUGGACUGCUGGCCGAUGCCCUGUGCUCCAUUGACUGACUGUGAAUUUGUGGCAGUGCCUGAGGGCGAGUGCUGCCCCCGUUGCGUCUCUGACCCAUGCCAAGCAGACACAUUGUACAAUGACAUCACCAAAACAUGUGUGGAUGAAUACGGUGCCACACGCUUAAGUGGCUCGACCUGGAAUAAACAUGCCACUGAGUGCUCCAUCUGCCAGUGCAAGAAUGGGCAUGUCUGUUGCUCUGUGGAUCCUCUGUGCCUCUAGUGCCAUUCAAAAGGCAACUGUCUAUCUCACUGCCCUUUUCUCUUUUUCUAUCCCCUAUAAUUUCUUUGUCUCUCUGCUCCUUGCUUCCUCUAUAUCUCCCUCUUUCUGUCUCUCUGCUCUUGCCUUUAUGUAUGCCUUCAGAUUUUUUUACUGUCUUACAUGUACUGCAUCAAACAGACAUAAGACUCGCAAGAUUCAGCUAAUGAUUCAGACCCGACCUACAAUGUGAACAGCUUUUGCUUUUGAUACUCAAAUUUGAUUACUCUGACUGCAAGAUGCUACCCUGACAUUCUUAAUGCAUGGAGAAAAAGGCUUUAAGUGUAAUGAUCAGAAAUCCAGAAGUCCAUGCAUUCCACUGUAAAAUAGCCACUUUCAUCACUCCAUGGGCAUGACUCAAUCCAGCAUUCGCCAUUCUGCAGUAUUGCUGAUCUAUCCAUUUCUAAGAGAAAAUGAAAGACUUUGGUGUGUUAACUUGCUUGAGUUUUUACUUUUUCUUAAACCUGAAACCUACAUUUUUAUGUUAUAUGUUGAAUUUUUGUUCAAGGUUUGCUGAGGUUUAAUUUAUUCAGUGGCUUGGUAUUGUGUAAUAGUGAAAUAAAGAUUUCCAUUGAAAGAAUAAUUGUG